AUGACUCCUCCAGCGGCUCUGGUAGACCAGGACUUUGAACAUAGACCAAUUAAAAGACAGAAACUCGAUGUUGACACAGACACAACGACCAAUCCAGAGGAAUCUGCCAACACCAUCUGGAGUCAUCCUCUUGGAAUACGUCCGUCAGGAAAUGCAUUCACUGCUGUUGUGAAUGCGAAAGCAGCAAUUGGAUCAUUCGCUCUGCUGCCUGAUGAACUUUUGGCUCAAUUUUUGGAAUACCUUGAUGUAAAAGAUCUACUUCGAUUGGGUGGUACUUGCCGUGCUCUACAUGGAUUCACAAGAUCCGAGGAGCUGUGGAAAGCACUUUUCAUAGAGUCACAACCAGAAAAUUUCAAGUGGCGUGGCACAUGGCGCUCGACUGUUCUAUCUCAACCGCGCUCCCAGGAGCCUGAUGUGGAUUGCAGUAAUCUCUUCUCUGAUGCACUCCAUCGACCAUAUUUCUGUGCUCACGUGCCCCUGGAGCCCUUCGUGACCAAUAUCCCUGCUCGCAAUCAGAUCCAUCGUCUUACAUCUCUGACCUUUGAGGAGUUCACAGAGUCGUACACGAACAAGCCAUUUAUCAUCUCAGAACCUACAAAACGUUGGCCAGUUUUCGGAUCCUGGUCUGUCAAGUCACUGCUCAAACAAUACUCCAAUGUCAAGUUUAGAGCGGAGGCCGUGGACUGGCCUUUCGACGUCUAUGUCGACUACAUGAAGGACAAUCAUGACGAAAGCCCUUUGUAUCUCUUCGACCGCUCGUUUGCCGAAAAGAUGAACAUCCAAGUAGCUGACAGCUCUACCGCACAUUUGUACGUUGGCACUGCGUCUGAUUUAUCAAGUCCACAAGACGAGCGUAAAGUGGCAUACUGGGCCCCUUCGUUCUUUGGUCCUGAUCUCUUCAGCGUUCUGGGAGACCAAAGACCCGAUCAUCGUUGGUUGAUCAUCGGUCCCUCUCGCAGUGGCUCAACCUUCCACAAAGACCCCAACGCAACCUGCGCCUGGAACGCCGUCUUGACAGGAAAGAAAUACUGGAUCAUGUUCCCUUCUUCUUCUUCUCUUCCACCACCACCUGGUGUCUUUGUCUCCGCCGACCAAAGCGAAGUAACGUCACCCCUGAGCAUCGCAGAGUGGUUCCUCGGUUUCCACGCCGAAGCCCGCCGCACAGAAGGUUGUAUCGAAGGCAUCUGCGAAGCCGGCGAACUGCUCUACGUACCAGCCGGCUGGUAUCAUUUAGUCAUCAACCUCGAGGAUUCGGUCGCACUGACACAAAACUUUGUGCCUCGUCAGAGACUGGCGUCGGUGUUGCAUUUCCUGCGAGACAAGUCGGAUCAAGUCAGUGGAUUUGCAAAGGACGUGACGAAUCCAUAUCAACUCUUUGUCGCGAAGCUGAAGGAGCUGGAACCAGAUGCUCUAGAAGAGGCUUUGCCAAAACUGGAAAAGAUGAGUAAGGGCCCUAAAGGCAAGUGGGCGGAGUUGACAAAGACAACCGAGGAUACCAGCGAAGAAGGCGGAUUCUCUUUCGGCUUUGGAGGGGACGAUGAUGAAGAUAUACCAUAG